AUGGGAGAUUUAGCUGUUGCAACUACGAAGAAGGAUGGAGGAUCGACCUCUGUCAAGUGUCCGAUGCUGAGUACUACCAAUUACAAUGUAUGGGCAAUACGGAUGAAACUUUUGCUGCAAGUUAACGAAGUCUGGGAAGUUGUUGAGGAUGAAUCUACCGACACCAAGAAGAAUGUCAUGGCAACCGCUCUGUUAUUUCAAUCUAUUCCAGAGUCAUUAAUCUUGCAAUUCGGAGACCUCAAGACCGCUAAGAAAGUAUGGGAUGCAAUCAAAUCUCGUCAUGUAGGAGCGGAGAGAGUUAGAGAAGCUCGUCUACAAACCCUCCAGACAGAGUUUGAUCGUCUGAGAAUGAAAGACACAGAGAAAAUUGACGAAUUUGUGGGCAAAUUGACAGAGAUAUCAUCAAAGUCUAAUGCGUUGGGAGAAAGUAUAGAUGAAUCAAAACUGGUUAAAAAAUUCUUGCAAGGAUUACCACGCAAGAAAUACAUACAUAUGGUCGCUUCGCUCGAGCAACUACUGGAUUUAAAGACUGCAGGUUUCGAAGAUGUAGUGGGUCGUCUAAAAGCAUACGAAGAGCGUAUAUGUGAAGAAGAAGAAGACCCACAAGAAAACCAGAAGCAACUUAUGUAUACUAACACAGAGUCACAAGCCCAACGAAGCUACCAAGGAGAAUACAGAGGACGUGGUCGUGGUGGUCGUGGUUACAGUAGAGGAAGAGGACGCGGUAGGUCUUAUUGGGACAACAGAGAAGCAGCACAUAUAACAUGUUUUCGGUGUGACAAAGUAGGUCACUUUGCAGCUACAUGUCCUGAUAGACUACUCAAGCUGCAAGAAACAACUGAGAGUAAAAACGGUGAUGAAACACAAGAGGCUGAUGCUCUUAUGAUGCAUGAGAUUGUCUAUCUCAAUGAGCGGAACGUGAGACCAACUGAUUUCGAGCCUUGCGUCAAUAAUGAAAAGAUAUGGUAUCUGGAUACAGGAGCAAGUAAUCAUAUGAGUGGGAAUCGAAGCUACUUCAACCAUAUUGACUGCAAUAUCACAGGGAAGGUCUGA